UGGAGGUUUGCACAUCUACUUCUUCGUUUCCCUCAUCCUCAUCUCUCUACUCUUCCAAAUUCUCUCCAUCUCUGUGAUUCUUUCCCUUAAUUUGCACUUUUGGUGGUGGUUCUUUUGUCCCCCUGGUUUCUUAUUACUUAGCUUUUGUUUUGAUUCAGGUUUGGAGAACGAUCUUAAGCCAAACAGAUGAUGAAAGGGAUGAGAAUAACCCAGCAGCAGCACGAGUUGGCGAUGGUGGAAGAGAACAUGUCCAAUCUCACCUCUGCUGCCUCAGGAGAAACUAGCUUCUCCUCUGAAAAUCCAGUUCAAAACAAGAAAAAGAGGAAUCUGCCAGGAAAUCCAGACCCAGAGGCUGAGGUAGUGGCAUUGUCCCCCCAGACCCUGAUGGCCAGAAACAGGUUUGUGUGCGAGAUCUGCAGCAAAGGAUUCCAAAGGGAGCAGAACCUGCAGCUGCACCGGCGAGGCCACAACCUGCCGUGGAAGCUGAAGCAAAGGAAGGAGAUGGUGAGGAAGAAGGUGUAUGUGUGCCCGGAGGCGAGCUGCGUCCACCAUGACCCUUCCAGGGCUCUUGGGGACCUCACCGGGAUUAAGAAGCACUUCAGCAGGAAGCACGGCGAGAAGAAGUGGAAGUGCGACAAGUGCUCCAAGAAGUAUGCCGUUCAGUCCGACUGGAAGGCUCACUCCAAGAUCUGCGGCACCAGGGAAUACAAAUGCGAGUGUGGCACCCUUUUCUCAAGGAAGGAUAGCUUCAUCACUCACAGGGCCUUCUGUGAUGCACUGGCGAAGGAGACCGCAAGUGUCAAUCAUCACCAGUCUCCACUGCAAUUUCCCCAAGAUUCGCCCUCCUCCCUCCUGCAGCAACCAACCCUCCUCCAAAGCCAGCAGCUCCCUCCAUGGCAGGGAUCCUGCAGCUCCGGUUUGACCCAAUUCGAUCCUGCUGCAAUGAUCUACCAUCCUCCAGCCAACUACAAUCCAUCCCCUUACAUGUCAGCCACUGCACUGCUUCAGAAGGCGUCAGAGAUGGGUGCAACCAUGAGCAGACCUUCAAACUUGACCCAAAUGGCACUUCCUCGCUCUACAAAUGUAAUCGGUUCAUCCGCAGAGUAUGUGGGACAUGUCGAAAACAUGGUUAUGAGCUCUCCGACAUCGACCGCUACUCCAGAAUUAACAGAUGGCUCUUGUUUUAGGGAUGCAUUUGAGGGGGUGGAGGGAAUUGCUGCAAGUCAUGGAGUGACAAGAGACUUCUUAGGGUUACAGGGACUCCCACAAAGGAGCAUCUUUAAACUUCAUGGGCUUGAGCCGCAGCAGCAGCACCAACAAAGUAAGAAGCCAUGGCAUGGUUAAUUAGCUACCCAUAUCGAGUUAGUUUAGUAUAUAGUUUACAGUUAAAGAGAUCUAGGUGACCUUGCCUAUUUUAUUUACUACAUAAGACAUCAAGCACAUAAGCAUAUAUUUUAUCAGGGUCAUGUUAUCAAAAGGAAAACAAAAAUGUAGACUGACACAAUUGGAGGCGUUUUUCAGUUAAUUUUCA